CCUUGUGUAUACAACCGUUUAUUAUUCAUUUUUUUCACACACAGUAGUAUGUGUGAUUUGUGAUCGUAGAAAAUUAUGAGUGAAGCUGAGAGUUUAACAGAACCGAAAUUGGAAAAUUCAAUUUCACAAACCCUAGCUUGUACUACUACUACUCCUACUGAUGCGCACCAACUUUCUGAAGUACCAGUGGAAUAUGAACUGCCCCCGUUUGAAUUGCCGGAAAAAAUCAAGGAUAGAAUCAGUGUUACCAGGCCUGAAACUUUGAAUGCUCAAGCAGGGACAGAACAUCAGCAACGCGUGCCUGAUGAAGCAUCCUCAUUGGAGCUGUCAUCUACAUCUGUUGCACGGUCCAUUUCAUCAGUACCGAGCCCAACUCUAGCAGAAAGACGAUCAUCAGCAGUAGUAAAGUGUAGCACAGGAGAAGUGGCUAAGCAGAGUUCAGAUGCCAGGGUUCUACCUGUUGUGCCAGUCCUAAAGACACCAACCAGGGAUGGUUACAAUUGGCGGAAGUACGGUCAAAAGCAAGUUAAAAGUCCUCAAGGUUCUCGAAGCUAUUACCGAUGUACUUAUUCCGAGUGUUGUGCCAAGAAGAUUGAGUGCUCUGAUCACACUAAUAGUGUAAUGGAGAUUAUUUAUAGAAGUCAACACAAUCAUGAUCCACCCCCGCGAGUAAAUUGCUUAAGGGAAAGCAAGUCUGCAGUAUUGCCUGCACCUUCCAAUGACAAAAGUAUCAUAGCUCAUCCAAAUAGAAAUUCUAAUGAGACUGUGGCAUCCUCUGUAAAAGAAAGUUUACCAAUCGCUGAGACAGCAAAUCAGGAUUCCUGUGGGUCUGACACCGAUACUGAAAUCACUAUUAAAGAGGAGCAUGGUGAUGAACCUGAAAUAAAAAAAAGGUCGAGGAAAAGUGACGCAAGUUGUUCUGAAUCUGCUUCUAAACCUGGAAAGAAACCCAAACUGGUGGUUCAUGCUGCUUGUGAUGUAGGAAUAUCAAGUGAUGGCUACAGGUGGCGCAAGUAUGGACAAAAACUGGUGAAAGGAAAUCCCCAUCCAAGGAACUACUAUCGAUGUACAUCAGCUGGAUGUCCUGUUCGAAAGCACAUUGAGAGGGCUACAGAUGGCACAAGUGCACUGACAAUAACAUAUAAGGGAGUACACGAUCAUGACAUGCCCGUACCAAAAAAGCGUCAUGGUCCACCUAGUGCACCUCUUGUUGCUGCUGCAGCCCCUGCUUCCUUAACCAGUCCGCCCGCUAAGAAACCUGAACUGCUACAGCAACAAAAAUUGACCACACAAUGGUCCGUGGAUAAAGAAGGUGAGUUGACAGGUGAGAAAUUGGACCUUGGAGGAGAAAAGACAAUGGAAUCGGCUCGAACUCUACUGAGUAUUGGAUUUGAAAUAAAGCCUUGCUGAAAUUGUUCAGCUGCUAUGAUUUUUUUCGCCUUAAUUUUCUUUCAUUUAUUUAGUUUUCCUUCAUAGAGCUUUCUUGUAGAAAUUUAGAAGUGUACCCUUGUUGUACUCCUACAGUUAUUACAAGUUUGUGUAAAAUGAUUGUAGUCGUCCAAUAAAGAUAGAUAUAGACUCAGUUAUGUACAUUAUUGCGGAUCAAAAUAAUUAACAUAGAACUUAGAGGAACA